AUGGAGACGGCGGGGGUUCGCGCGGUCACGCUUUUUGGUUGCUGGGGCGGUGAAAGUAGUGUACAUGCUAGCGGCCCGUGCUUUCCCUUACCCUUUGGCGACUUCGUAUGUGCAUACACAAUACACUGCCAGUUCGACCCUCCGCCCAUAUUUGCAAACAACUGCUAUAAAACAGCAUCCUCCGUGAGUCCUCCUACGCAUAUCAUCGACGAGCUCGUUGCUCAUUUACUUAGUCACUUCAAGCCUGAAAACCCCGCAAAUAUGUCCACCAACGGCGAGAGCCCUGAGGCUGAAGUGAAGGGCGACUCCAGAGAUCCCAGCGGUUUCUUAAGUGAGAUCAUCGGCCACGCUGUCACAGUGAAGCUGAACUCCGGCAUUGUCUACAAAGGUGACCUCCAGUCUGUCGAUGGCUACAUGAACAUCUCCUUGGAAGGCUGCAGAGAGGUCGCUGAGGGCCGAGUGAUUCGCAGCUGGGGCGAUGCUUUCGUUCGUGGAAACAACGGUACGCUUUCACUGAAAGAUGAUUUUUACCUUGAUUACAAGAUCUGA